GCUGCUGCCUCUGCUGCUGCUCGUGCGUUUGUUAUUGUUGUUGCACAUCUGAUUCCUGUUGUCGUAGUCAUCACCGUUGUUGUUGUUGUUUUUGUUGACGACCAGCAACAUCGCGGUUUUUGUUAUUGUUGUUAAUGCGUGAAAAGUGUUUGCUGCCUAAAAAAAAGAAAACAAAUGGCAUUUACAGUUACUUUGCCUGUGGCGCCCUGUGAUAUUUGUGUAGCAGAAUUUAAAAGCAAAUUAAAGUAAAAAAUACACCAUUCAAACAAAUUUACAUACAUACAAACAUACAUACAUAUAUAGGAAGCAAGUGCGAUAUAAAGUGAAAAUCAAAGCUUUCAUUCAAUAGUGGAAAUAUGCACUGCGAGCACCAGCAGUAGCUGCUGAACGAACUGGCAAUUGCUUUCACUGGCUACCUGGCUCACAAGUUACCUGGUUACAGAUACAAUGGACGGGACACCGUUGUCGCUGACAUUCACCAGCCUCGCGCUGUUGCUGCUGCUGCUGCUGAUGUUCGUGCUGCUGGGAUGCCAUUGCUUGGGUCCACGUGCCGCCAGCUGGAUGCGUAUACGAUCCAGUAAGGAGGAGAAAAUCGGACUGUCCAAUCACAAGCACAAGCUCUUUCAUCCCAAUGGCUAUAUGGCAAGUAUCCAAUCCGGCUCGGAGUUUUUGCUGAGCACUAGCGGCAGCUUCAAGCGCUUCGAUACCAUUGACAAGGACGAUCACAAUCGGUCACAGCAGCAACUGCAGCAGCUCCAACUGCAACAGCAGCAGCAGCUGCUAAACAAUGCAGUAGAUUCGACGACUCCCUUGUGGAAUCUGCCUCAGGCGGAUGUUUGUAUUCCUCCACAGCCGUUGCGUCCAGCACCCGCUCCGAAUAGUGCCGGACCCAGCAGCAAGACCGUUACCUUCUCCUUCAGCCAGCUCAAUGAGGCAUCAGAGGCACGAUCCAGUUCGCAGCGCUCCCCUCUGCGCACAGCGGCUGCAGGUGCUGCGUUGCCACAACCGUUGGAGGCGCCUCCAGCACCGAGACUAACGACGUCUGCAUCCGUGACGCUGUCUGCGACGGCCAUACCUCGACCCAUUGCCAAGCGGCAGAUCUCUCUGCAGCAGGGAAUUAACCGCAGCACGGAAGCAACGCAUGUUCAAAAUCCCGUGGAGUCCAAGGUGGAGCGUCGUCCACCUGCGUUAAAACGUCGCAACUCCAGCACAAAUCCCUUUCUAUGCGAGUCCACAGAGCAACUGCCUCCGAGUCAGCUUGAUCUUCAUUUCAAUCCUCAGCCUCAGCCUGAGUCCCAGCCCUCACCUCAGCUUCAAUCUCAGCCUAAGGUCGAGUCAACGCCUGCCCCUGUUUCCAAUGGCAAUCCCUUUGUGCACGAAGGUCAAAGCCUUUCUAGCCGUCUGCUGAAGCUGCACAACACCAACAAUCCCUUCACGGGUCUAACGCAGCGGGUGAAGGGGCCACAUAUGCUGCAGAAGACCAUCUCGGAGGAUUAUUUAUUUCGAAAGUUGCCCAAUGGCCACGGCCUGAACCUUGGCAAUGGGUUGAGCAAUGGAUACGGCAACGGAUUGAGCAAUGGCAAUGGCAACGGCAAUGGCAACUCCACCUGGUGCUUUGGGCGUUCGCUACUGCGACAGGAAUCGAGCAUUAGCUUGGGUCUAGGCAGGCGCAACAGCUCGCAAGUGUCGCUAGAUGGCUCCAUCGAUGGCAUGCAACUGGAGCAUGCAAUCUCCUGUGAGUCGGUCAAUUCGGAUGCGUCUUCCUUAUGUUUGGAUCAGCUUGAUCAGCCCUACACACAAAUCACAGGCUAUCUUUGCGUCGGCCUUCAAUACGAAAAGCACAGCGAGGACCAGUUAGAGCUGACGGUCAGUGUGCUCGAGGCCAAGGGACUUAUUUGUCCGCUUAGCAUGGGCCUGGAUUCGCUGGACACAUUUGUGCGCAUCUACCUGGUGCCCGAUCACGCGGGUGGCAUGCAGACCAAGGUGGUCCGUUCGACGCUGACGCCCGCAUACAAUGAGAGCUUCAACUUUCGAUUGAAGCGACAAGCGGGCAGGCACUCACUUUGGUUCCAUUUGUAUCACAACGGGCCCGCCCACACGCUGAUCGGGGAGGCGGAGAUGGAGAUUGGCGAGAUGGCUAGACCGAUUACCACAUGGAUUCCGCUCUCUGAUUCACGCAAAUGCAACGCUCGCUGGGGAGAGUUGAUGUUCUCGCUGAGCUAUCUGCCCACAGCGGAGCGUUUAACCAUAGUCGUGGUCAAGGCGCGCAAUCUAAAGCUCGAGCUGGACAACGGAUCACCGGAGCAGACCGCACUGCAACACGUCUUUGUGAAGGUCUAUCUGAUGAACAAUGACAAGAAGGUGCUGAAGAAGCGCACGUCGCUAAAGCGCAAGGAUCGCUGUCCCAUCUUCAACGAAUCGAUGAUCUUCAGUGUGCCGCCCCAGGGCCUGACCACAGUUCAGUUGCGUCUUACCGUCUUCGGUGUUACGGACAAUGGGGCUAUUGUUCCUUUGGGUCAUGUCAUUGCCGGUAGCUGUGCCGUAGGCAAGGGUCUGCGUCAUUGGCAUCAGAUGCUCUCAUCCUUGCGCAAGCCCGUGGCCAUGUGGCAUGUGCUACGACGUGCCGCCAAUCAGCCGAUCUUUAUUGGAGGCGCUGAGGCUGUGGUGGCUGCCAUGCAGAGCACGCUUCAAAGGGCGAGCGCUAAACGCAAUAGUAUCGUCUAAGCGAGGAAGGGAGAGCCAGCAGCCGCCGAAAUGACUAAAGAGAAGACAGGAAAGAUGCAUAGCAGUUGCGAAAGAAAUGCAAAGAGGAGGCGGCAAACGGAAGCUGUUAGAAGACGGAUGCGGAAAGAGAAUUGGUAGAGGAAACGAAAGUGAAGUGACAGAGAAGACGGAGGGCAGGCGAUGAAGGAAACUGGAUCAAUAAUUCACGAAAAUAAUGGAGCCCAACCCAUAGCAAUAGUUGAUGUGAAGUGGAGUAUCAACUAGAUAAAUAACUAAUGUCUCAACUGUAGCAUGGACUGGAGUAAUGGCAGAACUGACGCACGGACUCAAGAUGGCUCUCUAGCCAUCUAGAGGUACGGUUGUAACUAAUGCAGAAUUUGGAGCAAGGCCUGGAUUGGAUCCAUAUACUCAAAACAGAGCUCGAGUAGGAAGGAAACACAAAGUAAAGAAGCACUUUAAGAUGUGAGAUGCUCUCCACAAUGCAUCACAGCCCGCCAUGAGAGUCCAGUCCAACAGUUACCUAGCCUAACCCUAUACCUUACCUUAAGUUCCUACCCACUAUCCCAGGCGUACUGAAGUGUCUCCCCGGAUUCUACCUGCCGUCAAAAGAACAACCCUCUACAUUGCAUUUACUAACUUUAGCGCUGAGCAUUUUUUUUACUUUUUUACAGAGGAUUUCCUAGAACAUAUUCGGCAUAGGGCAAUUAGACUUUAGGCAUUACCUAUUACAUAGGGCAUACUACAUAUAGAUGCGUAUUACCAGAUACCACAAACUACAACUUUAGCAACCAAAAAUCAAAUACCUAAACUAAACCAGCACCAAAGGACAAAUCGAGCCUAAAUUAACUAAAUCACACAUUCAUAUACAUAUAUAUCUAUAUCUAUAUAUACACUAUAUACCGAAAGACUAUAGUCGUCUUUAUGCACAAUAUACUUAAACUGAAUUCUUCAUGCACCCAUUGUUAUCAAGCAUUUAUACUAAAUAGCGAUAUUGAUAAUUAUCGUUCAGCAACGAAAAUACAAAAUGAAAAAGAAGAGAAAA